CGCGUUUCGUUCGAAUUUCAUCGACCUAGCGGCAUCUUGCGCUCGCUGUUUGUGCGUCACAAGGCUGCCUUGCUCCUGGCUGGUGAUCCGGUAUCCAUUUUGUGACAAGUUCGCCAUCUUUAUUUCCCCUUGCCAACUCAAACCCACCCGGGCGCAUCACGUUCACAUUUCUUGACAUUCAACACACCAUGUUCUCUCGUGCUAUCCGUUCGACAUUGAGUCAGCCCAACCGUCUGCGUCAUGUUUCCGCUGCAGCCGGGCCAUCUGGUGUUCGGUUCAACAGCAGUUCUUCACAAAAACCUGCGUCUUUGAGUUCACUCGGUCGAAUGAUGGAAGAUUACGCAAAAACCGCAAAGGUUGUGCAACCCGCUUCUUCUCCUCGAGGUCCACCUCCCGACACCCAUCUGGAUGAUCUCACCAGACGAAAAUUCAUCAAACCGUCCGACCUAGGCUUCGAAGCACGAACCGUUACUCCCCACCCUCGCAAACGUCCCUUACUCGGCCCGUCAGCGAAAGAAUCCAAAUACCGCGAUGUCUUCUACCAACUGAAUAUCGACCCUCUGCACGAAGCUUUCAACUCAAAAUUACUCUCAAGGUUCGUGUCAGAGAUGGGCAAAAUCAAAGGUCGAGCAGAAACGAACCUUACCUGGAAAAGCCAACGACGAUUAGGCAAGGCUAUUCGUCGAGCUAAACAGAUGGGUAUCAUACCUAUACUCAGCAAGCGUCCUUUGGACGGCGUGAAGGAGGAUGGGAAGGCUAAGGGAGGCUAUCAAUAGAUUGCGUCUUCCCGGCCGUUGAUACACUAUCGUCACUUCUUGCUUCGUAAUUCACCUGCUAGCUCU